UUAUUAUUAUUAUUAUUAUUAUUAUGGGGAGUCCUGUUUUCUGCUAACAAUGCCUGUAGUACCGGGGUCGGCCUUGAACUCCCAUGGCUUGAAUAAGAGGGGGCAGUAGUUCUCCCCUGGUGAGGACAUAAACUUGAUUUGUAAACAAGAGAGUUUGCAUUAUUGAGGAGCAAGCUCACACUAUGCCAACGUUACUAUAUUUGACCUGAAGAGGGCACUGUUAACCACUAACCAGUCUUCUCAGUUCCAAGCAAGUCAACAUGUUGUGCUGUAAAGUGGUUUGGUUUCAAAGGGCUAUUUGGGUCCCUUCAAUUAAAUAUAGGUAAACAUGUAGUAGUUGUUCUAACAGCCUUGCCUAAAAAGGACCCAACUGCAACUAUAAGGCAAUGUGAGAUGGAGUGAAAGGUUGCCAGAAGGUUUCAUCAAUGGUAACUUUACUUCCCACCAGCUACUAGUGUUAACAAGACCAUGCAAACCUUAACCUUGUGUGAGAUUUUUCCAUUUAGUCUUUGAAAAACAUAUUUAUUCUUUAGUAGACUAUAGGUUGAAAUGCUGUAUGUCAUCUGUGUCACACAUUCCUACAGAGACAGACUGGCCAUAGGGCAGUUCUGGCAAAUGCCAGAUGAGCUGGUCCAUCUGUAGCACAGUGGGCCUUUCUAAGUUGGUGUUUUUGCACAUAAGUAUCAUUAUUUGGCUAAUAAUGGGGCCUCUGGAGAAAAAAUGGGCCGGUGUGUUGGAAAUGCCCAAUUUCUGGUCCUAGUUGGUCCCUGCAUCUCAAUAUGAAAACUUCUGAAAGUAAUGUUUUUUUAAAUUCAUGAAUAGGCCUAUGCUUGUGAGGUUAAUUUAGUUGUUUGGACUAUGAUGAGAGAAUGCAGUCCUACUGGUUAGGUUCUUUAACCAGGUUAUUUCCUGGUUAUUUCCCAGCAAUGGGGAUAACACUCUAUUGUCUGCUUUGCAUGCCCAGAUGCUGCUGCCAGAUUCACUGGCAAGACUGCAUUCUUAGAACAUAGAGAGGACUGAAAAACCAUUUCACCUUCUAUAAGCAGGUAAACUUAUUAAAUACCAAAAAAAAAAAAAAAAAGUGCACACCAAGGGCACAUUUCACAGAUCAAGCCCACUUCUGGACUAAAAAUCAUGCUAAUUGAAAGUGCUUUCAGUGCAGGACUAGGCUUGUUUUUAAUAGACGGCAACUAGCAGGACAUAGAUGUUUAAGUCAUGUUCGAUCCUACAUUUUCCAUCCUCUACAGUAGUCAAUCAAACAUCAUCAGAUCAUCUUUGAGAUUAUUGUUGAUUGUCAAAUAAAGGUCCCUCCACUGUAGUUGCUCCUCCUCCUUGUCUCGCUGCAUUACUUGAAUUUCUCUUAGAAAAAGAAGGGGAAGUGCACUGUGAUGCACAAGGAAAUAAACCAGCCUGUUUAAGUGAGUUCUCAGUACAGUACAAGGUGUACCAGUAUAAAAGCUGUAGCUGUACAUUGCUCCUUUACACUACUGGACAACAUGAGGACCCUGCUACUUACAACCGUGCUGCUGGUGCUGCUCUGUAGCACUCAAGUGCUCACACUCAGGUGCUACACCUGUGAUGAGGCUGAUGCUGACUGCAAGCAAGAGACAGAAUGUCCACCAUCGAGCAUGUACUGCAGAACUGUGGUGACUGCGGACACAGUGACUCGUACCUGUGAGGAGAUAUGUGCCUCGGGUGUCAACGUCUAUUGUUGCCAGGGAGACCUGUGUGAGAACUGACAUGAUCCAUGUUUAGAUACAGUAGAAUGUUGUGGGGGAAAUACGUUAGAAUAUGGGAAUACAUUAUAACCUUUUAAUGAAUUACAUUUACAUUUUAGCCAUUUAGCAGACGCUCUUAUCCAGAGCGACUUACAGUUAGUGCAUUCAUCUUAAGAUAGCUAGGUGAGACAACCACAUAUGACAGUAAUAACUUAUUUAUUGUGGAAAAAUACUUAUCAACAAAGUCAAUGCUAUUAUUUGAGAUAAUCUUAACAAAGACAAAACCUUAUACUUUCUGUCAUGCAAAAAAAUCUAUCCAUAUUUUGGGGUACAGCAAGCCCUUUGAACGAUUCAACUGUUUCUGCUGUCCUUCAAUGGCUUGACUUAAUGCCAUAAAACUAUGAUAUUCACAGACAUGGAGGUUUUACAGUAAUGAGGAUUUCCAAUGCCUGAGCUGUGAUGCUGGUGUGUCACUUUUAUAAAUUAAUACUAAGAGGCGCCCUAGCCAGGCAGCUAGUGUAGCCUCUCCUAAUCUCCUCUCUCUCCUGAUGCUUCUGAGUGGGUCAUGCUGGCUCAUGGCCUCCUGCUGGGAUGUGGGUCGCCAGACGAUGACAAUGCCUGCCUGUCGUAGCCGUAUGCAUCUGGGCAGGAAGGAUUAUCUAAAUCCCUCCAAUGCGGGGGAGUUAUGGAGAACCUGUACCACUCACCUGGCAACUCAACUCCACUCUCCCUCCUGAAAAAAGUGCUUGAUCAUGGUGUAGUUUGCUUUAUUUUUGAGAGAUUAAAAACAAAGAAAAUAAAA